AUGGAAUGGUAUGAUCUGCGGCUUGGCCACUUUUGCGCCAUACCCCGUGAAGGAGACAAAAUUUGGAAAACAAGUUCGAAAAAUACAAGCUCACCACAACCACCACGACUAUCACAACCGCAUCUACCACAACCAUCACGACUACCAAAACCGCAUCUACCACAACCAUCACGACGUCAACUAGUACCAGCAUCAAGACUUGAACCACCACAACCUCAAUGA